AUGACCGAACAAGACCAAAUAACAGCCCUAGCCAUUAGCACCAUUUUAGGAGUAAUCGGGAAUAUUUUUGUAAACAACAAAAAACCCUCAACCGACUAUUUAAAAGCCAGUGUGAGAGAUGUGAAUGAGACAGGAGAGAGAUUGAGUAUUAGCAUGACUUAUAAAGACGAAGGAACUGUCCCCGUUAUGACCCCGUUUAAAUGCUCUUUUUCUCGGGACUUUUCUUUCUCUUCUCCUCACUAA